AUGUUUCUAGGGGCAGAAAAAGCAUCACGGAAUCCUGAUAUUGCACAAUUUUUUGCUACACUCGGCCUUGCCCGUGGUUCCUCGAAAUGUUUUUUAAGAAACAACUCGCCUGGCUUUACGAACCGACUGUGCCAGUCAUCUUACUACAAAACCACUCUUCGGCAGCACGUUUUAGCUCAUCGUUCGGCAAUCUAUUGCCUCAAGUAUGAUCGCCGUUCUGAAUACCUUAUUUCGGCUUCUGAUGAUUACACCAUUAAAAUCUGGGCUCUCCAGUCCUCCGAUGGUAAUCUGUGUACCCCCUUUCUGCGUCACACACUUCGGGGUCAUCUGGCUGAGAUAAUUGAAGUUGAUGUGUCAAUUGACAAUCACUUGCUUGUUUCGGUGGAUGCUGAUUGCGCGCUGGUAAUAUGGUGUCUUCGUAGCGGACAACCUCUUGUCUCCUUUCGCGGGUCGCGUCGGAAUAGAGUCGUUUCAGGUUUAAGUUUUAUUCCGAUUUUGUCACCACCACCACCGCCCUCCGGGUCUCCAGCCGAAAGGUCUGGCUGGCUUCUUGUAUCGUCGUAUGGCUGUGGAUUGCAUUUUAUUCGCUACACACACACCCUUGUCGGUGAGGAAGAGAGGCUUCGUCGGGGCGAAGACACCUUUAUUACGACGUGCUGCAGUUUGAAACUUCACCCUACAAUAACCUUCCCCACUAACGAGUCAGAUUCUGGCCCGCGUAACAACUCCUUUGCUGUUGUGUUAGAUGUUAGUCCGGGCGGCCACUACGUGGCAUUGGGAUGUUCCGAUCACGUUGUGAGAUUGUUCACAUUUUCCGAGGAUGGUCAGCCUACUUCUGCAGGCACCUUACUAGCUCAUGAGGAUAGUGUAAAUAGUGUGUCUUUCAGCAAUUCUGGACUUCAACUAGCCACAGGGUCUGCCGAUGCCGGCAGCUGUUGGCUCUGGAACCUCAAAGCUGGCUCUUGGGUUGGCACAGAACUCAAACUCCGCAAACGCUCUACUUACCCGGAAGAUGCUCUCAAUCUAUUUCACAUCUAUCCAAACGAAGUGACAAUGGGAGUCACAUUGGGGCAUAUUGAUUUCGAUGGGGAUUGUUUCGGUAAUGACCUCUCUUCCUCUCUACCUAGACCCAAAAGUCGUCCCUGCAUUUUGCGAUGGAGCCGGAACGAUACCUACCUCAUUGUUUGCCUCAAGAGUGGUAGUGUGCAUGUUUUCGAUGGGAAGACGGGAGAGUUCGUCAGUGUUCUUACGGGACAUGAAGGAGCGGUUUUCGCUGUUGCAACAUCCCCUCUCUCUGACGAGAUCCUGGCAACAGGGGGUGCAGACGGUCGUUUCUACAUCUGGCGUCUUGAGGAGAGGAGUUCCUCCGUUGUCUUCUUCUACCGCUAUCCGGCGCCGCAAGUGACCACCGACCUGGGCAUCACAUGGCUCCAGUCAACCAGUCUCGAGGUGCCGUUGCCCCAGGCAACCGGAGCAGGUCCUGCGGUGGAUGACGACGACGAGAGACGGAGGCUGCGUAGCGCUUUUUCUGUCGAAAGUGGCGUACAAACUCAGCGCAUCACCUGCUGCAUAGCCUCCCCGGGCGCAGACGGCCCCGGAUUCUUUGUGGCCACUAAGGCCGGGGUUAUUUCACUCUUUGCUCCGAACCUGGAUAUCGACGCGAAACCCCGUCUGGUCAAUGACGGGCCGCCACCGUAUGAGGAGCAGUUUCUGCAUUGGGAGAUGGAUAAUGCGGCCGCACGCGAGGUCCGGACUCCAUCCUCGGCUGCACAGUCGUCAGCUGGUAGCGUCGCGCUGACCCUUGGAAGUCCAGCCGCGAGUCAGUCCUUCGGGUUGCGUCCACCGACGCCUCCCCAGCCCGACCAACAGCAGUCAUCGUCGUCGCAGGUUUUCUUUCAACCGCCUGAAGGUGUGCUCUUCCAGCUCGUCCACGAGCCCAGCGGCGUCCCCUUUUCGCGCCUCCCGCCGGGAUAUUUGACCUCGCUGAGGAGCUGUGCCUAUCCCCCGGGUCGACAACGCGCACAAGUCCCCGGCAGGCACUCCAACUCCCUUCUAGAUGCUCAGCCCACGCUUACUUUGGACGACAGUAUGUUCACUUUGCAUCGUUGCAUCUACUUUUCUCGUUGCUUCUCUGCAUUUUCUCGCACACCUUGCAUUUACCCUCGUCUCCAAAUAUUCAUACUGAUCCAACUACCCUUGUCUAACUGUCGUUGUUGUUAUCUUCCUUCCGACUGUAUCACUGUAUCCCGCCAUCUCCGUCUUGGUGACUUUUCCAUAUUUGUCUACUGGAUCUUUGUUAUUCCAGAUGGCGAGGAGGUGGUCGUGGAUGACAUACAGUUUUGUGCUGAUGUCCCGCCCUCCUACACUUACCCUCUGCCUGUACGAACCGCGAAGGCGCCAAUUCCUGGGAAACACUACUUCUGGCGUUGUCACUGGCUCUCGGGGGAGGCUGAUCUCAUCCGCCCUCUUUCCUCGUUGGAUCUCGAGUGUUCGACCUCAUCCACUCGGCAAGAAAAUGACGAGGAGAGGACGGGUGAUCGUGUUUUGCGAAGCAAUGUCGGCGCGUCUAUUCGUCGUUCGGCCCGCCAACGUCGCCGCCGCGAACGCCAAAAUCAACUUUCCUUUGUCACCCAAAUCGAAGCGAUGCGCACAUUGCGACGAGCGCGCCGCUCUGAGCGUCUGCGUCGGUUUCUACGGCAACAGGGCCAAGGCGAGGAGCCCUCGACCCCAACAACGACAGGGCCUGAGGAGUCGAACAACGCAGACGAUGAUUUGGAAACUCGUUUAUCGAUUAUCGAGGAGGCUGGGGUCCCUUCGACUCCACCUCCUUCAAAUACUCGGGAGCAAAUCAAACAGCAGUUGAUUUGUAGCAUUGACUACGUUGCUUCUCACCGAGUCACGCUGCCUCUCCUCCAUCCACCCCCCAACGGCUUCCACGGGACGUCCGGACAAACGGAAGCCUCCAACGUAUCGACCGGUCCGGAGGUACUGCCUUGGUCGGGUCCUUACAUCGACUGGUUGUCGAUAACGCAGCCUCGUGCCUCACCGUAUGUGCCUCAACUCGGCGACCGGUUGGUCUACAUAGCGCGUGGACACAAGGAGUAUUUGAGCCGCGCCUGGCAAGACGGCUCCGUCCCCGAUAUCGACGAAGUAAACGCUGAAGGUGGUCAACUCAGUUCUAGGCGUCUCCCGUUGCCCUGGGAGGUGAAUCCUGGCUUGCCGGGCUAUUUGUGUUGUCGUGUGUCCGAAAUGGCUGUGCAUUUCAUGCGAAUCACCAACGAAUCGAGCAGUCGUCGAGUUCACACUGGGGCGUCGUCGUCGUCAACGCGACGACACCGUCAGGCGCCCGCCACGGUGACCGGGCGUCUCAGGCGGUCCCCGAUUCGGGCGCCGCCACUCCAAACCGAGGACUCCGGCGACACGACUGCCGACAGCUUUGUCCGCUUGGUCUCUCUGCGUCUGGCGGUGGACGACGACCAGCCAUACACUUCGCUAGGUGGCGUUGGCAGUCAGGAGUCCUCGACUCCACGUGAAGUGUUUGUGCGCUACCAUGACGUCGAUGGUGUCCUAGAUUUUCUCAUCCUGCGCAGCGUCUUUGACGAGGCCAUUACCCGCAACUGGAUUGCUGGUGAUGUCUUCAUUUGCCCCGUGGACGAUAUCUGGUGGCGUGGACGUGUCCUUCAGGACUCAUCUUCCUUGUCUGACUCCACUUCAUCUGCCUUUGACCCGUGGCUUUCGGUUCGGGUUCGAUGGUUGGAGAAUUGGGAGACCGGAAGCACCGAUGAACCUCUCCUGCCCUCUUCGUUUUCUGGUGACCUUGUUGAAACUGUCGAGGAGUGGGAUCGUGCGAGGACCGAUGCCAACGUAGUCACCUACUCAGAUCGCCUCAGCCCCUGGGACAUGCACCCCUGGGACGCCAGACUACCUAUCUCCGACGGCCCAACUUCGACACUUUCUGCCUCGUAUAUGCACAGCGCGGAGGUCCGCAUCCCUGUGCACCGUUUGACCCGCCUCUUUGGGUCUCGGGGAGCGCAGUCGCUGGUGGCGUCGAAUCCUGGGCCCUCAACAUCGACCGCCCAACCUCCCACCUUCGGCGACGUGAUUGAGCAAAUGAAAGUGGUCCUAGACAAGCUCAUGUCCCUGAACGCUGCUUCUGCCUUCAAUUGGCCCGUCGACUUGGCGGCGUUCCCCAACUACAUCGUCGUUAAUCCUCACCUCGUUGACCUUCUCUUUAUCCGUCAUCGUCUUGAAAAUCUCUUCUACAGACAAUCAGAUGCAAUUCUCUUCGACAUCGAGCAGAUCUACGCGAACGCGGUGCGCUACAACGAGCCCCAAAGCCUCAUAGUCCACCAGGCCCAGCUGAUCACGUCGCUGGCCCUCCAAGCCAUGAGCUCCCCAAGCUUAACGUGGGAAAAGUUACUCGAGUACUACAUUGCGGCAGUGCGCUUGAACCCGCAGCUGGAUCCCACCAUUGACGUCUCUCAGAAUUCUUCCUCCUCAACCGUUCCCGCAAUGGAGGAUUUGGAGGUUGGCCUAGGCAGUGACAGCCCUAGGUCUCCCACGUUGAAACGUCUGCGACCCCUCGACCUCCCCAUCUCGGUUUCCUCGCCGAAGCGCGAUUCCCUCGUCGACGUGGAGCCCCGGCGCAGUGGCGAGUCGUACUGCCUUCGGUCGCUUGCACUGCCUCCGCCACUGCAGCCCCCAGUCUCGGACGACGACGACAACGACAACGCCGAUGACUCCCUGAACUGGCGAAAAGUCUGCGAAAAACUCCUCGACGAGCUGUUAAGGCACCGUCGCAGUUUAUUCUUCCGUGAACCCGUUAACGUCGACCAAUAUACCAACUAUGCAGAAAUUAUUGAAAACCCCAUGGACUUGGCCUCCGUCCAAAGUCGCCUCAGACCGCAUCCCAGGCAGGCCAACGCCAAUUUGUACACAAGUCCUCGUCAGUUUCUUCAGGACCUUGAGUUGAUCGUUAGCAACUCUCUCCUUUUCAAUAGCAAUGUCGACGCUCAGGUAAAAUUGCCACCACCUAGUUCAACUUACCCCUCUCCCGUUUACUCUGACACACGGUGGCUGUCAAGAUGGAUAACUAAAGUGGCUACCAGGCGUCUUGCUCUGUUUCUUGGCAACGAAUCUCCUCCGGCCGGUCCCUCCACUCAGCCUUCGGUUGGGGCAGAUGUAAGACGACGAAGAAUGCGGCGAUUACGGCACCCUUCUCGUGCUCCGUCGAGUUACGUGCCUCGUUUCAGCCGAUCUCUACGGAGCAGCAGCGAAGCUGUUCGGUCACGUCCUGCUGAACCACAUGGUUGGGAGCACGGCGCAAGGCGCACCAGCGGUGGUGAAGCCCCUCAGCCAGGCCGUCGGACUUUAAGGGCUCAAGCCUCGGGGCUCGUGGUCAGCUCUGGUGACAGUGCUGCCACUCUGCCCAACUAUGCAACUUCUGCUUUACCAACCAGGACUAGUUCGCUGGCCUCUCGUCGACCACGCCGUAAACGAAUUUUACGGCUUUCGGCUCGAGAGGGACAGAGAAAUGCAGGUGCUGUAGGGGGGCCGAGGAGGAGCACCAGAAGACGCUCACAUCACCAGCAAACUACUUCACGACCUCGGCGCUCUGCUGCUUCUGCUGUUCGACAUUACUUUGAGAAUGAGAUGGUUAAUGAAUCUGAUCAAGAUGAAGAAAAUGAGGAGCAAUAUUCCAGCUAG